CUAGAUAUCUGCGACAUCCACUAACAUAAUCGUUUCUCUCACUUUGUUCACGAUCUAUUUCCCCAACCAUACCCACAUGUGAUCUUUAAUAUUCACAGUCUUUAUUCUCGUCAACCUUAAUUAACUACAGUUCUCCACCUAGCCUAAUCAACUCAUCCCUCGACUGCUUCGUAACAGUGAACUGCGUCUGAUGUUAUCUAGGAGUCGACACUCGAUCAGCCAUCUCAAUGCCUUUGUUUCCGGUGUCCCCAAAUAUCCAGGAAUCCGUCUCAAGGAAGAGAACGCACGAGGAAUUCAUUGAAGGUUCCAUUGAUCACACAACCGACGAGCCGUCCGAUCUGGAAAAUUUAGGAGAGACGAAAUCUAUUGGAUUACCUACCCUAGCCGUAACCCAUCACCUACAGCUACCACCUUUACGAGAUAUCACAAUGGAGUCCACGCCUGCUAGCAGUCCAGUGGAUUUGACUGAUCCUGGAUCUACACCACCUGUCGAUGAUUCACCUUCACCAAAUAAAACUCCCGUGUGGUCGCCCUCCGCCAAUAAAAAUACCACGUCUCAAUUACCACAACCAGCCCUUACGCUUCAAACGUCUUCUUCCACUACCACCACCAAUAGCCAACCAGCAAAACGAAAACUCACAGCAGCCGAGAAGGAAAAGGAGCGUGCGGAGAAGCGACAGAAAAAGGAAGAAGAAGCCGCCCAGAAACAGCAGAAAAGGGAAGAAGAAGCUGCUGAGAAGGCAAGGAAAAAGGCCGCCGACGAAGCAGCGAAAGCAGCCAAGGCCGCGGAGAAAGAGGAGAAGGAAGCGGCAAGGCUUGCGAAGAAGGCCGAGAACGAGGCUAAGAAACGAGAGAGGGAAGAGAAGGAGGCGAAAAAAGCUGAGGAGAAGCGCAAGAAGGAGGAACAAGAGGCGAAAGCGCGACAAAAGCAAGAGAAGCAAAAGAACUUGUUAGCCGGCUUCAUUAUACGAAAGUCCAAUGCUACAUCACCAGCCAAGAUGCCUGCUGAGCAGGUCGCAAAACCUGCAGGAACUAAUGCGAACUCUACCACGUCACAGGUAGAGCCUAAGCAGGAGGCGUCGGCAUAUGAACGCACGUUCAAACCCUUCUUCGUAAAAGAUGGCGUGAAGCUAGCCCCGCGACCUUUUGAGAUGGAUGAGGAGGCCCAAGCCGCCAAAUCGGCAAUUCUGGACGAAUACGUCCGCGGCGAGCGCGGCGUGUUCAAUCCCAAACCAUUCAAUCCCACAGAGACCUUCAAUCUGGCAUUCCCUCAACGACGCGGGAAAGUAGUACCGAGCGUGAAGAAGAUUAUGGAAGGGCUACACGGUAAUCCUGCCGAGGCUGCGCUCGGUAUGACAGCAGGAAAAACCGAGUCCCAGAUCGAAAAGCUUGCCAUCAACGCGCAAAAUCAACUCAACACCAUUCCGAUGAAAUAUCUCUCCUUUUACGAGGAUGUCCGACCACCUUACCGCGGGACCGUCACUACACCUAUGUCACGAAAGGAGCUUCGCCAUUUAUCCCGUAGACCCACCGGAAGACUACUCCCGCUGAAUUACGACUACGAUUCUGAGGCCGAGUGGGUAGAAGACGAAGAGGGUGAAGAUCUGGACGAUGACGAGGAUGAUGAAGAGAGUAAUGACGGUGACGGAGAGAUGGAAGAUUUCUUAGAUGAUUCUGAAGACCAUCCUACUGCUGUCCGUCCCACGUUCCUCGGCGAGACAGAGCCCGUAAGCACAGGCAUAUGCUAUGAAGAUGAGACGGGCCGUAAUCCUCUGCCAUCUAUGAACCAGUAUCGAAUGGAGUUUUUAAUCGAGGGGCACACAUCAAUCGACCCCUUUUCUACCGAAUAUUGGCCCUCGAGUCUGGGAAAGAGAAAGGGCCGCGCUGCAGCAGAUACCCUCAGUGCACCAACAUCAAUGCCUCCGCCCGAUGUGCCGGCAGACUCUUCCAAGCUCACUUUGAUGUCUGCAACCAGCCGUAACGCACGAGCAGUAGAUACGAAGGACUUAGUGCCGAAAGAAGUAAUGGAGGAGUUCAAGCAGGCUAUCGUCAGCGAGGAACUACGCGAGUUCACCAAGGGUACGAUCGUGGAGAUGUUGACCAAGAAGUUCACAUCCUGCACCAAGGCCCAGGUCAAGACGACACUAGACAGAGUCGCCCACCGGAUUAGUGUCCCGGGAGCGAAGAAGACGGUUAAGGUCUGGGCCCUAUUGCCGGAACCUGCGUCAUGAGGAGCUUAUUACUAUUCGAGGACUAUAAAAACUAUGAGGAAGCUUUCGAAAAUGAGAACGGCG